AACAAUGACGAUCACAAUGUAAAUGAGUAAAGUCGUGACACCGGUGGAAUACGGAUGCUUUUCUUUCCCCGUUUGAUGAAUUCUCCCGUGUUUUUUGCGUCAGUCUGUGGAAUGGUCUGGUCGGUUUUCUCUCCUGGGUCGUUUCCACUUCAGCAUGGGAACUGCGGUGUCCAAAAGGAAGAAUCUGAGGAGUGAUGCGAUAUCUUCCGUGGCCGCAAAAGUUCGAGCAGCCAGAGCCUUUGGAGAAUACCUGUCCAGCGCCAACCCUGAGAACCGCAACGGAGCAGAUCAUCUACUGUCUGACACCUUCCCUGGCCAGGACUGUGAGUCUCCAAACAUUAGUCGUUUGCAUAACAACAAUCUGCCACCACAAAGCCGCUGUUUGCCCGUAACCAAACCAACCCAGUCCAGUCAGUCUAAUCCAAGCGCUCAUUCGCAUUCUCAGCCUCAGGCAAAUUCCCUUCAGGCUCAGGCUUCGGGCGCCAAACGCAGACUUUCUGUAGAGCACAGCAUCUCCUCAGAGGACCCACCAAGCACCAGAGGUACAGAGGGGAGUGUGGUGGUUAAACCGGCCAGGGUGUACACGAUCACCAGGGAGGGCGGGAUGACUCUGGGGGGUCGUGGCAGCGAGGAGAGCCUGGAGCUGGAGGUGUUGAAGGGCUCCAGGGAGCAGCCGUUGUCCCAGGGCCCAGCUGCCACCAACAACCCGUCCUGCACCAGCCAACCGUCUGCCACCGUCAUCCGCGGUAGCCAUCACCGUAGUAGCCAUCACCGCAGCAGCAGCAGCCAUCACCACGCCCACCAGCAUCACGGAGGCCCGGCGUCAUCGUCACAACCGCUGCAGAACUCGGGGAGCGCCAACAACAUCCGAGAAUGGGGGAUGAGGCGAGGUGGGUCGCGGGACGACUACACCCCGGACUGUGUGGCCUGCAUUCGGGCUCCGUGUCAGAGCCAGCGAUCCUUGGACCUCGAUACCUCACCGCGGGAUGGAGGGAAACCCCGAAAGAAACUGGAGAGGAUGUACAGCGAGGACAGGGCGUCCUCUGAGGACAGGGAGGACAAUCCUAAUAGCUGGUUCCCCAAAGAGAAUAUGUUCAGCUUUCAGACAGCCACCACCACCAUGCAGGCAAUAUCGGCGUUCCGAGGCAUUGCUGAGAGAAAGAGACGGAAAAGAGAGCAGGAGGCAGCCACCAUGAUGGAGAGAAAUUUCCGUAAACAUCUCCGAAUGGUGGGCAGCCGCAGAGUGAAAGUCCAGACUUUUGCCGAUCGCCGAGCCAAGAGUUUCAGCCGCUCGUGGAGUGACCCCACCCCCGUCAAGCCUGACUCACUGCAUGACUCCAGAGACAGUGGCGAGCUUCAGACCUCCUCAGGGACUCUAGAUGAAGGGCUGGAUGAGGAUGCUGACUGGGAGGAGGAGAGGGAGUCGGAGAGAGCGGCUUGCGAGGGAGAGGAUUUUAGUCCACCUAAAAUCAUGCUGAUAUCCUCCAAAGUCCCUAAGGCCGAAUAUGUUCCCAACAUCAUCCGCAGGGACGACCCCUCCAUCAUCCCCAUUCUUUAUGACCAUGAACACGCCACAUUUGAUGACAUCCUCGAGGAGAUAGAGAAGAAGCUGACUGCCUACAGAAAAGGCUGCAAAAUCUGGAACAUGCUCAUCUUCUGCCAGGGAGGACCAGGACAUCUGUACCUGCUCAAGAAUAAAGUUGCGACCUUUGCCAAAGUGGAGAAAGAGGAAGACAUGAUCCAGUUCUGGCGGCGGCUCAGCAGGCUGAUGAGUAAGCUGAACCCGGAGCCCAACCUCAUCCACAUCAUGGGCUGCUAUGUGCUGGGGAGCGCUAAUGGAGAAAAGCUGAUUCAGACUCUGAAGAGGCUGAUGAGACCCUCGUCGGUUGAAUUCAAGUCCCCACUAGAGCUUUCUGCACAGGGCAAAGAGAUGAUCGAGAUGUACUUCGACUUCCGUCUGUUCCGCCUGUGGAAAAGCCGUCAGCACUCCAAGCUGCUGGACUACGACGACCUGUUGUGACCUCGCCCACCUCCGUUGGCUUGUCGGCCGGUUAUCUCUCGUCUGAGCCCGCUGUACGGUGACGUGGCGUUGGUUGAAGGGCCCCUGAGAGGCUCCUAGGCCGUCUCUGUUGUAGUGCUGGAGCGGCAUCGCAAGCUGGGUCUUUUUCCCCUCCCUCCCUCCCUCCCUCUGAAGAGACAGGGUGACGCUGUAGUCAGUCAGUGGUGUACUUUUUCUCCCUUAUCCAUUUUCACUUUCUGCCUGUCUCUGAGAAAAACAGAAGGGGAGGGACAAGAAAAAGGAGGAAGAACGAGGGGAGUCAUCAUCCUAGCCUAAAUGUGUCAGGAGAUGCUAACUAGAGUUAGAUUUCUGAGUUCAGAGACGCUGUUAGAUGUAAGAGUGACAGCAGAGAACAGACAGAAACCCCUCCCUCCUGAGUUUAGAGGGUGACAGAUUUUUUUUUUUUUUUUUUUUUUUUCUACCUUUAGCCAACCUGUGAAGGCUUACGAGGAUGGAAGCGUUUUCUUUGUCAGGUGCGGCAAAAGGAGUAGAGCUUCUCUGUAAAUAAACGAGUGCUUACCGGAGCAUUAGAGAAUAGAAUUUCAGCAUCUCUUUCCAUGCUUUCAUGUGAAAAUUUAGAAAUGUAAGUAGUCUUUAAAAGAUGUAGAUGUGUAUUUAACACAGCUUUUUUAACAUUCAGAUUCAGUGUAUUAGUAUUUCGUACAGACUGUUGUAUUAACUCAGGUUCAAUCCCUCGUUUGAUACUAAGAAUUGUACUCACUGUUCGUAAGGCAACAUACUGUAGAUCAGAUUCAAAGGCCUUCAUACGCCACAUAGAGGCAUCUUCAGUGGAAGACCGUCAGGGAUGUCAUAUCUUUACAUGUGUGUGAAGGACACAGAUCUCUGCAUUGUCAUAGCCUUUCAGGUCAGCCGUAGCCGAAAACAGUCGUAUUCAUGCAUGUCUCAUAGCAUUAAACGCAGCAGAAUCGGUCCAUUUUUACCCCCGUUGGGCCAACACGAGCUUUUCUUUAUUGAUGUGUCGGCUCACGGGUCUUCUUAACGUGUUUAACCUGUGUUUGUUUGUGUUGCAUGUGUGUGUCCAUAGCUUACCUGCAUCUCUGUAAAGAGGUCGCACUUUUAGGAUAUUUUAGACCAAACUAAUACGCAGUCGUUUGUAUGAGGUAGA